UGCCGCUGCAGAUGCGCGGUGCACUGGUGCUCCCGCAUAAGUAUCGGAAUCGCUACGAUAGAAACGCGUCUGGGCAUGGCAACUACCGCUGCAAAGAACCCCCCGCGGAGCACUCCUCGACGAGCCCACGCCCGCAGAGCCGAAAAGAUGACUUUAUCCGUGAUGACAUUGCAUCGCAAACGCAAAUCUAUUUGCAGCUCCAAUCGAAAGACUGCAUCGUAGACGGCGAAUAACUGUGGUUUAAGUACGUGGUCGUAUCACCCUGCAUGCAUUCCCAUCAGUAAUCAGGCCAUGCAAUGCAUCACGCGGCCCACCAAACGCGUUCGCAUGUGCGAAUUUGCAUGCUCUCCAAUGAUGCCCGAACCUGAUUAAGUUAGAUUGUCCAGAUUGGCCGCGCGCCUCCCGUCAGAUACAUGCUUCUAAAGGCGGGCCUCGAUGAGCUUCU